AUGGCAAAUCUUGAACAGCGACUGGUUCGUAAACUUGAUUGCUUUAUACUGGUGUAUUGCUGCGCCGCAUACUUCUUCAAUUACCUUGAUCGCAGUGCCUUCGCCAAUGCCUAUGUGUCUGGGUUGAAAGAGUCCCUCGGACUUGAAGGCGAUCAAUACAGCAUCUUGCUUUCCAUGUUUACUGCAGGCAGCUGUGUUGGGCAGAUCCCUCAUGCCUUGAUCAUCCAAAAGCUUGCACCUCGUUUUUGGUUGCCCUUCACGUUACUAGUAUGGUCUGGCCUGACGAUGAGCUCUGCGGCCUGCAAAACCUACGCCCAGCUAUGCGUAGUCCGGUUCUUCCAAGGCUUUUUUGAGUCGAGUCUCUAUAGUGGCACCAUCUACAUCCUCGGUAGCUGGUACAAACCGUUGGAAAUCGCCAAACGAACAGCUAUUUUCACUGCUAUCGGGCAGAUAGGCAGCAUGUUCGCUGGUGUGAUGAUGACAGCGAUGAACGAGAGUUUGCAGGGACAAACUUCACUUCAAGGGUGGCAAUGGGUCUUUAUUAUCAACGGCGCGAUGGGAAUCCCUUUCGGUAUCUUUGGACUCUUGUUCUUUCCAAAUUUGCCCGAAUCUACCAACGCUCCCUAUCUCAGUAAGGAGGAGAUACAGCUGGCGAUAGACCGCCUACCACCAAAAAAAGACUGGAGCCAUGACAUUAGCCUAAAGUCCCUCGUUAAGCGACUGUUCGCAAAGCCGGACGUCUACAUAUUUACACUUUACUCUGUGGUAGCCUGCGCAUUGGAGGCGAUCGUUCUACAAGGCCUUUUCUUGCUAUGGAUGAAGGAGAACAUCGAGCAGUUCCCCUCGUAUGCUACCACGACCUUCCCGUUAGGUAUCCAGGCCGUCUCUAUUGUCUCCAACGUCGGGGCAGGCUACGUCAUUGAUAUGACCAAUCGUCGCAUACCGAUGGUCAUAUUAGCUGGACUUUUGCAGCUGAUUGUCGCGAUCCUCUUGCUGAUACCUAAGCUUUCGACUGCUGGUACAUUCUUCGCCUUCUACUUGGCAGGUACCUCGUAUAUCGUCAAUCCUAUCCUAUAUGGGUGGGCUAGUGUGAUCGCUCAGCGCGGAGGUGACGAUGCUUCCCGAUCGGUCAUUCUUUACAUCAUGAGCAUGGUGCAGUCGAUAUUGUACACCUUUUGGGGCAUUGCACUGUACCCUGCAAGCGACGCGCCAUAUUGGAAGAAGGGUUACAUCACGAUGAUUGUAGUCGUCUUUGCUUUCUUCGCAGCGACUGGAGCUGUGAAUUGGUUGGACCAGAAAUCUCAGAGAAGUGGGAGCGAUGGAGCUGAAGAAUUGACUCAUAUAAGCGAAAGACUGAACGAUCGUAAAGAGGACUAG